AUGCUUUCAACCAAUGUUUAUUUACCAGAUGAAUGUUGGGAAUGUAUCUUCAAAUUCCUUAUCAACCACGACACCGACGACACCCGCCGUCGCUACUUUCAUCUCAAGUCUCUUUCCCUUGUCUCCAAACAGUUACUCUCCGUCACAAAUCGUCUUCGAUCAUCUCUCACUGUCUAUAAUCCAACUUGCCAAUUGUUCCAUAGAUUCUCCAACAUCUCCUCCCUCAACCUAUCCUCCUACUACGACGGUGAUCUCGACGAUCUUCUCGUCCAAAUCUCUUGUUUUCCAUUGAAUAUCACAUCACUCAAUAUCUCAAACCAAAUCAAGAUUCCAGCAAAGGGAUUGAGAGCUUUCUCCAAAAACAAUACAACUUUGACAUCUCUCAUAUGUUCCCAUAUUGCUACUUUCUAUGAUACUGACACGUUAUUCAUUGCUGAAUGCUUCCCUCUCCUCGAAGAACUUGACCUCAGUAGCCCUACAAAUUUCAGAUUUUACAAAACCGCCUUCUUCUCUGCACAGGCUCUUUCAUUCGCACUGCCCAAACUCUGCAAAGUUGACCUGUCUAAUAAUGACUAUAUCUCCAAUGAAUUACUUUUCCACUUGUUCAAGAACUCUGCUCUACGCGAGAGGCCAACAUUGAGGUCUUUAUCUUUUACCGGGCCCUUUUCAGAUCCUCUUACUUCACCUUUCGUUGACUCAUUGGUGAGUUUGAAGGAUUUGACUUGUCUAAAAUUGUUCUCUUUUAUCAUCUCAAAUGAGUUUCUCUCCUCUAUUGCAAUGGAGGGUCUUCCUUUGACAAGGCUUGAUCUCCCUAAUUGUUGGAAAUAUAGUUAUACCGGAAUAUUCUCUUUGCUAUCCAAGUGUCCAUGUAUACAACAUUUGAAUCUUCAAAGAGCAUAUUUUCUGAAUAAUCAACAUGUUGCCGAGUUGUCUUUAUUUCUUGGUGAUUUGAUGUCUAUAGACCUUAGUGAGUGUAAAAGACUCACAGAAUCAGCCUUGUUUGCACUCGUUAGUAACUGUCCUUCACUUAUAGAGAUCAAAAUGCAAUGGACAUCAAUUGGAAAAGAGAUUGUAAGGAAUUCUAAUUCUUCCAUGGAUUGUAUUGUAAACUCUCAAUUAAAGUCUCUCUAUUUGGCUCAUUGUCAAGAAUUAACAGAUGAAACCAUCAUAAGGUUAUCGUCCAUUUUGUCCAAUUUGCAGCUGCUUGAUUUGAAUUCUUGCCGACUUAUAUCUGAUGAAAGUAUUUGUCAAGUUUUAAGGAGAUUUUGUAACAUUAGACAUUUGAACUUAGCCAAUUGUUCAAGAGUGAAGCUACUUGUUGGAAUGAACUUUGAACUUCUUAAAUUGGAGGUGUUGAAUUUGUCAUAUACAGCCGUUCACGAUGAAGCACUCUAUGCAAUCUCAAAGGGUUGUCGUGGGCUUUUGCAAUUGAACCUUAAAAAUUGUCUUUAUGUCACAUGUAAAGGAGUGAAAUACGUGGUUGAAAACUGCACACAAUUAAGAGAGAUCAAUUUGCAGAAUUGUGAUAAAGUGCAUGGUAAUGUUUCCUCAAUGUUAUUGUCAAGCCCGUCUUUAAGAAAGAUAAUUGCUCCACCUCAUAUUCAUUUCACUAGAAAAACUAUGAAACUCUUCUCGCACCAUCGUGUUUGCUAG